GUUUCCUAUUUUUCCCGUUUGUUGCUUGGGAUGGGGGAAUCCUUAGCUAACUCAAUGACGUCUGUGCGACGUCAGUUUCUACUCGGUUUCAAUGCUGUUCAGGUAGUUUGCUAGUUUAUGCAGUGGCGGCCAUAUUCACAUCUAUAGGCAUCGCAUUAGACGUUUUCGGUUUGUGUGGGACACCCAGACCUCAGAUCCUUCACGCCGAUUCUUCAUCUUACCUUUGAACUAACACCAGAACAUCCCAAUAUACAUCUUAAGAGCACUGGAAUACACCCGGGGCCUCUACAACGAAAAAAUGCAGUCUGAAAUAAGACGCUAGUCUGACUGUACGAUGCCUUUUGCCCAGCCGCAAGAUUCCUGGCACAAAAUGGAGGUGCAUAGCUUAAGUGAGGUCAAUGGGCAUCAGAUCACCGACGAGCCGAUGGAUGAGGGAGAGCCUCUCUCGCACUGUGAAGAGGGCGCCUAUAAGGAGAUCCCCAUCACCCACCAUGUGAAGGAGGGCUGUGAGAAGGCCGAGCCCUCCCAGUUUGAGCUGCUCAAGGUGCUCGGCCAGGGUUCCUUCGGCAAGGUGUUUCUUGUUCGCAAGAUGAUGGGCCCAGAUGCUGGACAGCUGUAUGCAAUGAAAGUGCUGAAGAAAGCCUCUUUGAAAGUUCGGGACCGUGUUCGCACCAAGAUGGAACGGGACAUUUUGGUGGAGGUGAAUCACCCCUUCAUAGUGAAGUUGCACUACGCCUUUCAGACAGAAGGGAAGCUCUAUUUGAUAUUAGACUUUCUCAGGGGCGGAGAUGUCUUUACUCGUUUAUCCAAAGAGGUUAUGUUUACAGAGGAGGAUGUGAAAUUCUACCUUGCAGAGCUGGCCCUUGCAUUGGACCAUCUACACAACCUAGGCAUUGUUUACAGAGACCUGAAGCCCGAAAACAUUUUGCUUGAUGAAGCUGGACAUAUCAAGUUAACAGACUUCGGGCUCAGUAAAGAAUCAGUGGACCAGGAUAAGAAAGCUUACUCUUUCUGUGGUACUGUGGAAUACAUGGCACCUGAAGUGGUCAACAGAAGAGGACACACGCAGAGUGCCGAUUGGUGGUCCCUCGGGGUUCUCAUGUUUGAAAUGUUGACGGGUACUUUACCCUUCCAAGGGAAAGACAGAAAUGAGACCAUGAACAUGAUUCUGAAAGCAAAGUUGGGAAUGCCACAGUUUCUAAGCCUGGAAGCCCAGAGUCUCCUGAGAAUGCUGUUCAAACGGAAUCCAGCCAAUCGGUUGGGAGCUGGCCCUGACGGUGUGGAGGAGAUCAAAAGACACGCCUUCUUCUCCACCAUAGACUGGAACAAACUGUUCAGGAGGGAACUCCAGCCCCCAUUUCAGCCAGCGGCAGGGAAACCUGAGGACACCUUCUGCUUUGACCCAGAAUUCACUGCAAAGACCCCGAAAGAUUCCCCCGGCGUCCCGCCGAGCGCCAACGCGCACCAGCUCUUCAAAGGCUUCAGCUUCGUGGCCCCGGCCUCCAUGGAGGAAGGGAAGAGCUCCCCGCUGGUCAACAUCCUCCCCAUGGUACAGCAGCUGCACGCAGGCUCCACGCAGUUCGCGGACAUCUACGAGCUGAAGGAGGACAUCGGCGUGGGGUCCUACUCCAUAUGCAAGCGCUGCGUCCACAGGGUCACCGGCAUGGAGUUCGCCGUCAAGAUCAUCGACAAAAUCAAGCGGGACCCCUCAGAGGAGACAGAGAUCCUAAUGCGAUACGGCCAGCACCCCAACAUCAUCACUCUGAAAGACGUGUAUGACGAGGGGCGCUUCGUGUACCUGGUGACGGAGCUGAUGAAGGGCGGGGAGCUGCUGGACAGGAUCCUGCGGCAGAAGUACUUCUCCGAGCGGGAGGCCAGCGGCGUGCUCUACACCAUCGCCAAGACGGUGGACUACCUGCACUGCCAGGGGGUGGUGCACCGGGACCUGAAGCCCAGCAACAUCCUGUACACGGACGACUCGGGCGACCCCAACUCCAUCCGGAUCUGCGACUUCGGCUUCGCCAAGCAGCUGCGCGGCGAGAGCGGCCUGCUGCUCACGCCCUGCUACACCGCCAACUUCGUGGCGCCCGAGGUCCUGAUGAGGCAGGGCUACGAUGCGGCCUGUGACAUCUGGAGCCUGGGAGUGCUGCUGUACACCAUGCUGGCGGGCUACACGCCCUUCGCCAACGGGCCCAACGACACGCCCGAGGAGAUCCUGCUGCGAAUCGGCAGCGGGAAGUUCUCCCUGAGCGGAGGGAGCUGGGACACCGUGUCUGACAGCUCCAAGGAGCUGCUGUCCCACAUGCUGCACGUGGACCCGCACCAGCGCUACUCUGCAGAGCAGGUACUCAAGCACUCGUGGAUCGCCUGCCGGGACCAGCUCCCCCACUUUCAGCUGGCGCGCCACGACGCCCCGCACCUCGUCAAGGGAGCGAUGGCCGCCACCUACUCAGCACUGAACCACAAGACCUGCCUGCCGGUCCUGGAGCCCGUGGCCGCGUCUGGGCUCGCCCAGCGCAGGAACAUGAAGAAGCUCACCUCCACAGACUUAUAGUGCACGGCCGAUGCGGUGGGAGGGCGCGUCUGUGUUAGUGUGUGUGUGUGUGUGC